AUGGAGGGAAUCACUAUUCGACACUGGAUAGAAACCCCAGUCAGGUACAAGGAGAUAUUUGCUGAGAAAAAUCUUGAAGAUCUUAAACUGGAUCAUUCACUUUAUGCUCUGCCUGGGCCUCAAUGUCCUGGAUAUCCAGAGAAAGAAAGGAAGGUAGACUCGGACAGUAGCACUGGAGCUAGCGAAGAUUCUGAACCGCUGGAGAUCCUGCUGGAUGUGGUCCAGUUUCGUCCAGAAGACAUCAUCAUUCAAAUAUUUGAAGGAUGGCUCAUAGUCAAGGCUGAACACGGGAGAAGAAUGGAUGAACAUGGAUUUGUUUCAAGAAGCUUUAUGAGAACAUAUAAAAUACCGAGUGACACCGAGUUGAAGGACUUGUCUGCCGUCUUCUGCCAUGAUGGAGUUUUGGCUAUUCGCAUUCAACAGUGA